GCAGCGUUCAAUCUAACUCUAUCUGUCUGCAUACACUGCAGACUCUCUGCGUAACUGCGCUUAUUAUUCAUAACUUUACACUAGAGACAACUGCCUGCUGAGCUGUUAUAGAGACGACGAUUCGUCUAGAUUUUUGUAUGAAAGAGUUCUAGUCUAAUCUUUUACCUCACACGGGGGAUUUCUUUAAAAUAAAUAUACAUAGAAAUGUACGGUUUCCUGGAAAGAUACUGAGGGGUUUUUUUUCGGGCAAAACGGCGCCGAUAGACGCACAUUCUCACGUAUGUUUAGUUAGAGAUGUUCCUCGGGUAAUGUAUCAGGGAGAGACUCGUUUCCAAGGAUCAGACAGCGACUGAUAGUUGCUGUAAACUGUCUAAAAACGGCACUUAAACACAGCUGACUGCGGCUCAAAGCUGUCGCGGGACAUGGAAUCCACAAAGGCUGGAGGAUUAAUAGCAUACAUAAACUCAUCAAGCUCGGCCUCCAGUUCAGAGUCGUGGCACAGUGACUCUUCCAACAGCAGCUAUCAGUCCUCCUCUCCACCUCACUCCUCGUCCUCACCCAGCUGUCAGCAGGGCCAACAGGGCGAGGCCCUUCCUGUGGCCCCUCAAGCCCGCCCCCCCAGGCAUGGUGGAGGGAAGGCACGAUCACCUUCCACUGCCAGAAGUGGGAUUACAAAGAUUAACGGUCUGGUGCUCCUUUGUAAAGUGUGUGGAGAUGUGGCGUCAGGAUUUCACUAUGGCGUUCACGCCUGUGAGGGAUGUAAGGGUUUCUUCAGGAGAAGCAUUCAGCAGAACAUUCAGUAUAAGAAGUGCCUUAAGAACGAGAGCUGCCCCAUCAUGCGCAUCAACAGGAACCGAUGCCAGCAGUGCCGUUUUAAGAAGUGUCUGCUUGUGGGCAUGUCCAGAGAUGCGGUGCGUUUCGGUCGCAUUCCCAAACGAGAGAAGCAACGCAUGCUGCUGGAGAUGCAGAACGCCAUGAACAACAUGAUGAACAACAGCCACGGCAACCAGCCCCUGCCUCUUAGCAACCAGUUCGGCGGAACGUCCGAGGUCAGUGGUUCAGGCCUCUCGUCAUGCUCCCCCUCAACCUCCCCCAGGAGCAACCAAUCCGAGCCCAGCCCCGCCCCCGAGCCGCAGGUCACUAUGGAUACGAGCUCAAGCUCGGACUCCUCCAGUGCCAUGGACAGUGGGGAGGAAGAGGUCAUCAGUACAGUAACUAGAGCACAACAGGAGACGUUCAUGUACAAUCAGGAGCUAGGCGGCGCACCUUUGGAGGCCCCUAACAACUUCAACCACUGCACAGACGAUGCCUGGAACUGGCAGAACAAUGCAUCCUCAGUUACCAAUUGCAACCCUCCAUUGAGCUGUGGUCCACUGGGUCCUGAAGAGUCCAGCAGCUGCCCUGUUAGACCACAUAACAGCAGCUCUGGAGGACCAUCUCUACAGAACUUCAGCCUCAGAGCUCAUAAUGACAAUGAAACAUGUGGCAGCUAUAGUGUCCCACCAUGUGUUCGGGGGAACAGGAUGCACCUGGUUUGUCCCAUGAACACUUCGCCCUAUGUGGACCCUCAGAAGUCGGGUCACAGUAUCUGGGAGGAGUUUUCCUUGAGCUUCACCCCAGCGGUCAGGGAGGUGGUGGAGUUUUCCAAACGCAUCCCAGGAUUCAAAGACCUGUCCCAGCAUGACCAGGUCAGCCUGCUCAAGGCCGGCACCUUUGAGGUGUUGGUGGUGCGCUUUACAUCGCUAUUCGAUGUGAAGGAGCGUGCCGUUACGUUUCUGAGUGGCAGGAACUACAGCGUGGAGGCGCUGCGCUCUGUGGGGGCUGGAGACCUCCUCAACUCAAUGUUUGACUUCUCAGAGAAGCUGCGAGCUCUGAACCUCAGCGAGGAGGAGAUGAGUCUCUUCACAGCCGUAGUGCUGGUGUCAGCGGAUCGUUCUGGUCUUGAGAACGUGAACUCGGUUGAGGCACUUCAGGAGACUCUUAUCCGAGCUCUGCGCAGCUUGAUCACCAAGAACCAUCCCAACGAGAUCGCCAUCUUCACCAAACUGCUCCUCAAACUGCCUGACCUGCGCUCCCUCAACAACAUGCACUCGGAGCAGCUCCUGGCCUUCAAGGUCCACCCCUGAGCCCCCCCCGACACCCCCAAGAAAUGUGGACUAUGCUACUCAUCCACCUCCAGAAGCCCUGGGCCUGCUGCAGUGGUCCACUCAGCCUGUUCUCGACUCAUACCCCCCUCGGCUGAGAAUUCUUCCCAUGACAUUCAAAGGACUGCUGGGUUUAUAUGGAGGGAGAGGGGGGCAGAUACUUCAGAAAUCAUUGUACUGUAAAACAGUAACGCCUCUGUUUAUUCUAAUGCACACGACUCGCAGACACAAACUGGAAAGGUUUCAUUGUAGAUGCUUAAGAGGGUUUCUAUUAUUAUGGGAUUUGUGUGUACAUAGAGGCACCUAUAAAUCUAUAUUUAGAUUUAUACAUUCUGUGCAAUAAAUGACACGUCCACUGUUUUUGGAUAGUUUGUUUGUUGGUCGUUUAAUUAUUUUAGAGAUUGGCUGUGGACACAGGCACAGGAAGUAAACUUGUAACUUGUAGCUUAGGACAAAAUGAGAAACUAAUACACAGAGCACAGUUUAAUAUAUUUUCCAAUGUGAAGAUAAGAAAGUGCAACCACUAUGAAAUGGAAGAAUGUGGAACAAGCUGCUAAUCAGAGCUUUCCCGUGGAGACACACAAAUGUUUAAUCUUGCAAGUUAGUUCACAUUAGUUAAAGUCGAUAUGUUUACCUGGCACAGAUAUUUUAAAGUUGUGUAUGUUCAACAGGACAUUGUGUUUGCAAUGCACUGGCCAAGCAUUCACGUCCACAUUUGCAUAUUUGCAUAAAAUAUGUUUUUAGCCUUAGAUCUGAAAAUGGUGCAUUUGUGUGUACGUUUUGAGUCGUACAGCUUUUAGGAAUGAAACAACAUUUGAUGAUGAUGCAAAACAACAAAAGGAGGAGAACAACAAAUGUGUAUUAUCAUUAUAAGAAUUAUGCCCUCCGGUACUGAUGGGACACAAAUCCAUCUAUUGCUGAGGCCACACCCUUACUGACACCCGAUGAUUGGGUGAUACUUCUCAGACAGGCUCAAUAUUUAUGAUGAUUUUUUUUUAUGGAUGUUUGGGAGGGCACACUCCCCUUCACAUAUAUGUAAUUCUGUUCAAUUCACUUUUUCUUUCAGUUUGGGCAAGUCUGUAAAGUGAAAGUUCUUUCUGUAGUUUUUUCUGUGAUAAGCUGUAGUCAGUGAAUGGUGUGUAUUCUAUUGUUGGACCAGACAGAAGAGAAAACAGGAUAUGACUUGAAACCUCACUGAGCAGCACCAUUACUCAAGCAAUGCCUCUUGAAGAAACUUCUUGGGUGGGUUUGAAUCUCAAGACUAGUGAUGUACAGAAGGAUGUAAUGUUGAGUUAUGUUCUCUCUUAGUGUUCAGCCUGCGGUUGUGUUUCCAUAUUCCAGUCUGUUAGUUUUUUUUCCUGUGAAAGCAUUGUCAAAUUGCUAGAUUUCUAUAUAUGUGUAUAUAAUAUAAUGAAAUACAUACAAAAUAAGAAAAUAAACAUAUAAAUGCUGAUCUUUCUCUUGAUGUAUC